UGUAACCGCUGUUACUGUCAAUUUUGUAUUAAUCCGGUCAUUGUCAUCAAUUUAACGAAAUUCGAUAGUAGAAAUGUUUCGUUAUUAGUCAAAAAAAUGAAACUGUUGAUACUAGAUUCUCCGGACGAAGUUGCUUCGUGGUCUGCUAAAUACGUUGCUAAAAGGAUUAACGAAUCUAAGCCAAGUCGGGACAGGUAUUUUGUCCUUGGCCUUCCCACAGGUGGUACCCCUCUUGGAAUGUACCGGAAGUUGAUUGAACUACACAAAAAAGGAAAAGUGUCGUUUCAAUAUGUUGUUACAUUUAAUAUGGAUGAAUACGUAAAUUUGCCCAAAACUCACAGCCAAAGUUAUCACUAUUUCAUGUAUGAUAACUUCUUCAAGCACAUUGAUAUUGAUCCGAAGAAUGUGCAUAUUCUGGAUGGAACCGUUUCGGAUUUGAAGUCGGAAUGUUCAGAUUAUGAGAAAAAGAUUAAGCAGAUCGGAGGAUUUGAUUUGUUUAUAGGAGGAAUCGGAGCAGAUGGUCACAUCGCGUUCAAUGAGCCAGGAUCAUCCUUGGUUUCCCGCACUCGCGUGAAGACUCUCACCGAUGACACUCGGGAGGCCAAUGCUCGGUUUUUCGAUAAUGAUAUUUCCCAGGUCCCUAGAGAAGCACUCACCGUUGGUGUUGGAACUGUCAUGGAUGCGAGAGAGGUGAUGAUUUUGAUUACUGGAUCCCAUAAAGCAUUUGCUUUGUACAAGGCCAUUGAGGAAGGGGUCAAUCACAUGUGGACUAUAUCCGCAUUUCAGCUUCAUCCAAACACGUUGAUGGUUUGUGACGAAGAUGCUACUUUAGAAUUGAAAGUAAAAACGGUGAAAUAUUUCAAAAAUUUAAAUCCACAUGAACUUAUCAACAGUGACAGCAACGCUAGUAUCAAAAGUUGAAGACACACAGAAAAAUAUAAUAGAGUAAAGAAUAUUUUAAAGAAUGGAAUUUUGUAGAACAGAUGGACGACGUAAGAAGUCAAGCGUGAACAUCUUGUUUACUAGAAUUUUAGAGAAAAAAUCAAGGAAAUAAAAAAU